AUGAGUCUACAAACUCUGCCCGUCGAACUGUUUGAAGACAUCUUGCAAGAUGUUUUCCAAUCGUCCUGGCCCCUGGCGAAAUUUCAGUUUGUUCAACUGAGACUCAUUGAUCGACGCUCCAAUGAUGUUGUGUCACGGAUCGCCUUUGAAGCCGCGGCUCCCAAAAUCUUCUUGAGGGAAACCAAACCCCCAUCCGGUCCCAUCGUCCAGUGGCUUCUAUUCACAAAAUUACACUGGAAUAAGCAGGGUUACGAUGCAGUUCUAGACCAUAUUUAUGCCUCAGUAUCUCACAUACUAAAGCCCAGGUUUCGGAAGAGGGGCAUAACAGGGAGCUAUCGAAACUUUCUAAAAGACGCAUGUUGCCUCAUCGGAUCACAGCAAGAUGAUGAGUAUAUUCUAUCAUCUCUCAUUUACCCCUCGGAUGUGAGAGAACAUAUAGGGUUACCAAAAGAAGAGCCGGGGCCUUUUUCCGGGUGUCUACAUCUCGCAUCUGUCAGCGGAGAGAUCGAGAUUGUAAAAGAGUUGAUUCAGGUUAUCAAGGGCACAGAUGCAAAUUCUUUCCAUUUCCUCUUGGGGUACCCAUUACACGCUGCAGCACACGGCGGUCAUGUUGAUAUUUUGUCUUUCUUGCUUCAGCAUCGGGCAAAUGUGAAUCAAAGAAACAAUCUUGGUCGAUCGCCUAUCCUAGUUGCGGCUCAGAUGGGACGAGAGAAGGCUGUGAAAUUUCUUCUUAGCUACCCCGAAAUCCAGCCAAACAUUCCAAGCUUUGAUGGCCACACGGUUCUUCUCUGGGCCGUGAAAUGGGGUUGGACAGACAUUGUGAAGUCUCUCCUUUCGACACCAGAUGUGGACCCUAACCCAACAGUCAAAUUGGAAGACACCCCACUAUCAGCAGCGGUGAGAGGUGGUUUCGAUGAUAUCUUCGACCUUUUACUGCAAAGAACAGAUCUGCAGCCUACGUUGCGUGGUGGCAAGUUCUGUCCUUUGUGGCUUGCCACGCUCAAAGGUGAUUCACACAAGGUCAUUCGCCUGUUGGAUCGGUUUUCCUUCAAUCCCAACACUUUUCUCAGGCAUAAGCACACUUUGCUCUGCAAAGUAAUUGCUCUAGGCAACGCCGCACUAGCUCGCAUGCUACUUGAGCGUAAUGAGGUAGAUCCAAACUUGAAGACUUCCGAAGGUGUAGCACCGUUCAUGAAGGCCCUAAAUCACUUAGAGAUUCUGGAACUCUUAAUAGCAAGAAAGGACUUCGACCCUAAUCGCAUAAUUCUCGGUUUGCGCCCACUUGAGAUAGCAUACGAUUUGAAGAAUAGAAAGGCGAUUCAGUUGCUGCUCGGCCGCGCCGACACAAGGAGCGAUCUUCAUGAGAAGGACCGAUCAUGCUUAAAUCAGGCUGCGUCGGUCGGGGAUCUUGAGGCAGUGCGCCAACUUCUUUUGCGUCCUGAGAACGACCCCAACCAGCAAAGUGAGUGCAGAGGUCCACCUUUAUGCGAAGCAGCAGCUAAAAAUCAAAUUGCCGUCGUGAAGGAGCUAUUACAAGUCGAGCACGUUAACCCGAAUCUUCGAUGGAAGUUGUCUGGUUCACAUAGCACUCCGCUCUGCCUUGCAGUAUCGAAGAACUCCUUGAGCAUGGUCCAGAUCCUUCUUGAUCAACCUGAUGUUGAUACCAAUAUACCAGGAUCACAUGGGACCGCACUUUGCACUGCGACUCUUUGUAACUCGACGGAAAUAUUCGACCUUCUAUUGCGCCGCAAUGAUAUUGAUAUCAAUAUUACCGGGCCAGCAGGGACUGCUCUGGCCUCUGCCGUCCGGCGCGAGAAUAAGUACAUGGUUCAACGUCUUCUAGAGCGAGCUGAUAUCGAUUUCAAUCGUCGUUCAACUCCGCGUAGAGACUAUUACAUGGCUUUAGAGCAAUUAAGCAACUUAAACCGAACAUUUUCACCAGCUUAUAUUAAGACCCGGAGGACUUGUCAAACUCAAGAUACGCCACUCGAACAAGCCUUCUCUACAGGCAAUAUCCCCAUCAUAAAGCUUCUUCUAUCUCAUCCAGGCAUCGACUUUACCGAGGGAGACCUCUUGCAGAGGACGCCCCUAUGGUGGGCAUCUUACAUGGGGCCACUGGAAUUAGCUGAACUCAUCCUUGAUCUAGGGGAGCAUAAUGUGAAUGCACAAGAUACAGACGGUUGGUCACCUUUGCUAGUGGCUGUUAACUGGCGCAGGAGCAGUGUUGUAAAGUUGUUGCUCAAGCAGCCUACUAUUGACCCAAAUCUUGCCAACUACGAUGGCUGGACAUGCUUACACUUGGCUGCGCAAGCUGGUAAUGCAGAAAUGGUCAACCUACUACUUCAAUCACCGGCUACAGACCCACGAAAGCGGCUUCCAGACGGCCGGACACCCAUUGACCUGGCCAAACAUCAUGGAUUUGAUGCAAUGGCGAAUGAUUUAAGGGCGCAGGUGAAACGCAUCAUUCGUAGAGAAGAUGUCAUUGGGAAGAGUAGUGCGAUGGCGGAUGAGAAAGAUAAAGAUCCCUAG